AUGUUGCAAGUGCAAGCGCCAGAAGAGUUUCUGCAUAUGUUGAGAUCAGACAGAACGAAUACCCUUUCUGCCUUAUCUUCUUUAGAGGAUGUGCAGAGGAGGCUCGAUGAUCUGAACGGUGACAUGCAGUUUCGGACAGAACGCUUGGCAGCAUGGGUUUCUUCCAUCAUGGGGGAGACAGAUGCCACUCGACAGCAUUUGGGAGCAGUAGGCCAGUCCAUGCAAGACAGCGAGACUCUGUGGAAGCGGGCCGAUGGCCAGUUCAAGGAGCUCAUGACUCGUGUGGGUCAGUUGGAAGCGGCAAUUAAGCAUGAAAGCAGAGCGCAAGCCACGUUUGAAGCUGACAUGAGCACGAAGGUGAACACGUUAGCUCAAGCUGUUCAUGACUUGCAAUCACAGUGGGCACGGGUGGACGCAUCCGAACAAGCUCACGCAGAGCGCGCAAAAGCAAUGAGUGAAGAAGUCGCAGGAGUACAUGCACUGCUCGAUGAAGCCAGUCAUGCGCCCCUUACGACGGAGCAGAGAGAGCGCCUAGAUGCCUUAUGUCAGGCAGACGUUUUGACUAAGAGUGAUGGUGCUCAAAUUAUUCAGCAGAUGCAGGAUGUACGACGGGAUCUUGACAAAACGAUGGAGCAUCUUGAAUCUCAUGUGCAUGCUACUGUUGAUCGCGAUGCCCGGCUGAACAGAGCUCUUGAUAGGCUGGAGAUUACCACCAAGCUUCAAAGGCGCUGUGGAGAGCUGGAGACAAACAUGGCCGUGCUGAUGAAGCACCUUGGCGAUGACAAGGCGGCUCAACAGUUCACGGCAUCUCGAAAGACCGAGCAGGCUCAAAGUCCUUUGAUUGAGAAUGCAGGACCUGUUCAUCACAUCAUUGGCACUCCAGGUGUCCAACACGAGGUCAACGCAGCAGAUGCUGCUGAUGAGUGGUGGGACGCCCAUGACGAUAAACCGCUAUCGUCGUGGACACAACCUCCAGGUUUGAGUUUCGCACCGUCGCAGCAGCCCCCACCAAUACCCUCGAACUUAAGACAGAUCCAGGGGUCACCCAAAAGCACGCAAGCAACAUCUGAUAAAGUUCCACAUGCCGCUUUCAAACUGCUGAAGGAUUGUCCAAAGCUGGACAUUCAGAAGGGCGAAUGUUGGGAAAUCGGGAUGAAGGUCAACCAGUGGAAGGCUGAGACAACGACAGUGUUGAGUGCCAUCCAUCGAGACUUCGGAACCUAUUUCGAGCAGGUGUUCGCACAGGCAGCCGAGAGAUACAAACAGAGACAGGUGACAGCAUGUGAGUCCCCGAUACCGGAUGUUCCAAAGGGAAUGGGUGAUUGCGAGGUUCGUUUGUCGCUGACCUUAUUGAAGGUGUUGCCUGUCAAGGUGAGACAACCAGUCCUUGAGCGACAGGAUGGUCCUGUAGUGAGGUCGGUACUGCUCCUAGAGUCCCUUCAUGAGACCGUGGCUCCAGGAGGAAGGGAAGAGAUCACAUCGUUGCAGAAGUUUCUGCGUUCUCUUCCGUCGGCGGCAAAUGGACGAGGAAUUCUCACGACUCUUAGGAGGUGGCAGUUGGCGACGGCGCGUGCAGCGUCAUUGGAGUUACCACCGCAAGCACCAAACGAGGCACUGUCUGCAAUCGAAUCUCUUGUGAAGACUGUUGAGAAGGGUAACCCUCAGUUCUCCAUGAAGCUGAACUUGUUGCGUUUACAGCAGGAUGUGAUUGUUACCACAAAAUCUGGACUGGAUAGGUUCAUUCUGUGUGUGGAACAAGAAGCGCGUCGGCUAUCAGCAGAUGAGGACGUGCGCACUGCAGCGGGACAUGGGAACAAGCAGCAGCAUGAUGAUGAGUAUGUGAUUGCGAAGGCUAGUGGAAAGGGAAGCGAGAAGCUAGGACGAGAUGAGAUGGAGCAGUAUGGUCAGACUGGAUCGGUUCCUAGUGCAGCUUGUUGGGAGCGUUUGCAUCCUGACAACGAGUCGCAAGCUUUGGAGUGGCAAGCAUGGGAGUGUUUUCGGGACGGUAUUGCGCAUCAGGAGCUCAUCAGUGUGACCUCCACGGGACAGCGACUACAUGUUGCAAACUAUGUCAGAGCAGCAUCCUGUGACUCAGAUGCGGCACGUCUGCUGAUAGAGUCAUCGACAGCAUCAUGGUGGUGUGUCGUACGCGCGCAACAUUGUGAGCCUGACCCAAUCCCGGUAGGUAUUGCCUUUCAAUUUGCUGAUGACCAUGCUGUGGUUAGAGAGGUAACCACUGAGGAGGAGACAUCGCCCGAAGAAUCCAACCUCGAGGAGCUCGGGGAUAACUCUGAGGAGGAGCCAGCGAUUGGUACAGAGCCGGACCCUCUUCACGUCAUGCUGGACAUGAUUGAUGCCACACGGUAUGCGAGGAUCUUGAGUGCACUUGGAGUUGAAACCAUAGAAGACUUGGAUCUUAUUCGAGAAGAUGAUUUAACAGAUAUCCCCGCAGUUCCUCGACGCAAGAUCUUAGAAGCCUCCCAAGCCAUCAAUCGAGGUUACAUUUUACUAGAGGAAUUGCCGGAUAUUUGGGCAUGGGCUCAUCGCAGAAACCAAGAUGUCGAGCACCCGCUCUCAGAAGGGGAGCCGGAUGCUGAACCUUUUGGGGCCAAGUUGGAAUGCAGAGAUGAGGGGCAUGCCCAGGCAUCACGAGCUCAAGGCUCAGAGCCCUGGGUACUUGUGGAUUCAGGAGCAAAUGAAACCAUUCGCCCGUGGCUUCCGACCAUGAGCACUACAGGAUGCAAGCAGACAUCAGUCACCACAGCCAGUGGCGACCGGGUGGAGGCCUUAAGAUCUCGUGACGGAGAGUUGUGCAUUAGAUCUUCCGAUGACAGCCAAGAAUGGCUUCUCAGCGUACGGCGUCUAGUUCAAGCUGGGGGCAUGUUCUGUUGGGAUGAAUCGGGUGCUUUGUUGCGGUAUUGGGAUGAGGAUCGGAAGCAGUACAUGAAGGUGGUGUGUCAGGUCAUAAAUGGGCUUCCUUACAUCACUUGGACAGAUUUCAAGCCUAUUCGCAUCCUUCUAUCUCGUAGAUACAAGAGGAAGGAAUCCACAGCAGCAAGCGCCAAGGAAGAUCCAGCAGAUACUACAUUACAACAGUUGCGGAUGUGUGACACAUGCACCCCAGAAGAACUAGCAGAGCAGACCUGGGCAGAGGAGGACGUGACCAUCAAUAAGUCGCGAUCAGAGCUUGAUGACGUUGAGCGUUCUGAAGCCAGGGCAAAGGAGAUGUUAUCCAGUGAACAAAUCACCCGUGAAAAUGUUUGGAACCUGGUUCAGGAUGCUGGUCUCAAGGGUCAGCGGACGCGGGCAUCACUGCAGACUGAUGGAGAGACGAGGCCUCGGAUGUGGGUGUUCGGAUACUUCGCGCACGGUGGAGUCGAUGGACUCACUGCGCUAACGAGGGAACGACCGUAUCUCACUCGAGUACUCUGCGAGCUGGUGAGGCGGGAGCUCCCUCACCACACUUUCACGAGCCUGGUUCUGGCAAUCGAUGCCACGCUCAAACCUCAUCGUGAUAGUUUCAAUCAUCCUGAGACUGAAGUGGGUCUUGUCGGCCUUACGGAGUUCAAGCACGGUGAACUGUGGAUCGAGGAUGUCGAUGGCAAUGUAAAGCGAAAAGUAACAGAACAGAAGGUCCUGGUUGGUCGCUUGCUUUCGGUUUCAGGAGCCGCAGUCACGUUCAAUGGCAAGGCAUGGCAUGGAGCAGAAGCCCACCAAGGCAUCCGCAGCACGAUUUCAGCAUUUACGCCCAGUCGGUUCAGCAAGGCGAAUCGCAACAUCAUCGCCAAUCUCAGCGAGUUGGGAUUCAAGAUCCCGACACAUGUGCAGUCAGUAGCAGCCUCGGCAGUUACAGCCAGCACAAAUCCGAAAGCAUUCAGUCGAGAUGACGAUGAUGGUGAUGAUCAUGCGAUGUGUGAGUUUGAGCCGGAGGGUCUUUGCGAGGUUUGUGGGGCUGUGUGUAGGUUUCAGGUUGAGCCCGCGCCAGAGCCUUCGUGUGAUGAGCCAUGGCCUGUCGCGUGCACAAUCGUUGCUGACGAGUCUGGUCCUGUAUCGUCUUUUCAGGAAAGGGCACGAUCUCAAGCACUCAAUCGGCUGUCGCAGCAAUGCAGUAAAGGCCUUUACGAGCGCAGAUGCCCCAAGUGUUUGGAGGCCCACGGUCACAAGCGCAAGUGUCGGCGGCUGGACCCGAGUGAUGUUUCCAAGGGCACUUUGUCCAUGGACCUGUCAGGUCCUCAUCCAACUGCAUUCUCAGGCCAUCGCUACUUUCUUGUUGCGAACUUGUGCACAGGCGGGGAAUUCCCAGACAUACCGUUCGUGCGUUUGUUGCAAACAAAGAAAACCGAGGAAGUAGCUCAAGCUUUGAGUUCAAUCAUGUGCCAGAUCGUGUCGCUCAGUCAGGGUGUCCCGGAAGUGUUCCGGAUACAUUCGGAUGCCGGCAAAGAGUUUGUCGGCAAGGCGUUUAUUACAGAAGUCCAGCGAUUGAGUCUUUGGCCAACCACAAGUGUUCCAUACUCUCCCCAACAAAACGGAAAAGCAGAGAGGCUGGUAGGACUGAUCAAGUCUGCAGCGGCUUCGCUGCUGCUGCACGGUAGGCUGCCCUUGAAGCUCUGGAGCGAAGCAGUUCUCGAGGCAUGCUUCCUACGACGCCAGAAAUCUUUGCAGCUGCCAUUGCCAGCUGAUCGCCCGAAGAUGGGCGACACUGUGCUUGUCAGGCGACCUGCAACGGUAGCAGAGGCUUUCGAGCCUAAGGCCGAGGAGGCCAUUUUCCUUGCGAAUGAGGAGCGGGCUCCAGGUGGGGCCCGGGUCAUGGUAAAGCGCGGGGAUAAGACUUCGGUUCGAAUUGUUCGUCUUCCAGUGCUGAGUGAUCAAGUUAUGAAGCGCUGGAGGGUGGUCAAGGGACCUGCUGAGGGACAGAUGGUAUGGGUUUCCACUGAGGGGGAUCUGAAGUGGGACGCCCCGCCAAUCGACAUGCUGACGGUCGAGGAGGCCACAGGCGACUUCAUCAAGCCCGAAGCCGACGAUGUUGUUGCCAUGAUGAAGUAUAAGCUUGCGAACCCAGAGGGAGCUGAAGGAGCAGAGAAACUGUUUACCCUUUUUGGACAUGGCUUCCUAGUUCACUCUUCGUAUGACGCAGUACCGAGUGCAGUCGCUGCGCAUGUGGAGGAAUUGGAUGUCAACCAGCGUCGCAACAAGGAGGCUAAGGACAAGUACUACAUCUUGGCAUAUCGUCUCGAGGAGGAGAUGAAUGAGCAUGAGCGGACCUUAGCAAUGCAGGCUCAGGGCACCGUGGAGAUCGGCGAAACCGUGCCGCAGAGCAUCCUGACUGGAAACGCCAUAUCGGAAGCAGAGCUGGAAAAAUGGCUAACCGAGGGCGUGGGCACGGAACUUGAAAAUCUUGCUAGCAAGGAUGUCUACGAUGAGGUAGAGAAGAGCAAGGUUCCCGCAGGUGUGAAGCCGAUACCCACAAAGCUAGUGUUGAAGCGCAAGCCAGUGAACAACAUUGCCGAUGAAGUUGAGGGCAUCGCCUCAGCUGAGCACGCAUCGUUGAGAAGUUGGCAGGCCAAGGCAAGGUUAGUGGCAUGUGGAAAUUGGGAGAAAGGGACAACACCACAUGCUCCAGAGAACCAAUCCUUGAACCCAGGAGCGGAAGCAAUACGGAUCGCAGCAAGCUUGUUGGCACGACACCAGGACUGGACAGGACUUGUGUUGGACAUCAGCGCCGCAUUCCUCAAUGCAAAGAUCCAGGGCGAGGACGUGUACGUGUCCCCACCGCCAGCAUUGGUAAAGCGCAACAUCAUUAGCGGAUCAGUGCUCUGGAAGCUAAAGCGGGCCCUCUACGGUUUACGCCGUAGCCCGAAGCUGUGGGAGCAUGACAGAGAUGCAGAGGUUGAGGCAAAGAGGGUGAUCGACGAGUCGGAUGUUGAUCAAAACCCACUGGCCUUGGUUGUUUUCUACGUAGACGAUGGGCUUUUGGUGGGCAUGCUAUGCUCCAGGGAUUUUGCGGAGCAUGAUGUGUUCACCUUCAGUGGUCUUGAGAUCCCAGUACGAAGUGAGCUGACCUUCCUUGGGUGCAAGCUUAAGCGAGACGUAGCCGGUGUGUUCAUUCAUCAGACACAUUGGUUGGAAGCUGAGCUUGUGAAGAGAGGGCUUUUGCACUUGAAGGGCAGCGCAUCCUUGCCGGAGUUGCCAGAGGGCACUAUCCUGCCGGAUCCACGUGAAGCUAGCUUUGCAGAAGAUUUGAAAACCGCGCAAUCACACAUUGGAAGCUUGAUGUGGCUAGCACUCAAGAGCAGACCGGACGUCGCAGCAGUGACAGGCGGAAUAGCGUGCAUCGCAACGCUCAGUCCAACGAAGGCAGUCAAGUUGGCUGUAGGGGUGUGGCGCUAUCUGUUGUACACAAAGACAUGUGGUCUGUGGUACCAGAAUGCAACUGGAAUGAGUGAUCCGGUGCAUUUCUAUGGUGAUGCAUCGCUAGGCGUAGGCGCAAGUCGCAGCCGCACCGGUGCACUUGUCACAUGGGGACAGCAUGUCAUCACAUGGCGCUCGUGUCGACAAUCCAUCACGGCAUGGAGCGCAUUUGAAGCAGAAGUGGAUGCUGGGGCAACAGCGCUGGAAAUGGGCAUCAAGGUACGAGAAACACUUGAACGGCUCACGAUGCGCAGGCCGGCUGCGACUCUGUAUGGAGACAAUGCCGCGUGCCUCACCAACCUCUUGAAAGGCGGUCUCAGAGGGAAUCGCUAUCAAGUACAUGAGCGGUACGGCGAUUCCAGCGGAUCCAUUGACAAAGUACCGCGCAGGACGCCCACUGCGCCCAGCCGCUUGCCUUCCAGUGAGCAGUGCUACAGCGGUCAGGCCUUCGCGCUGGAGGUCGACCGCCAUUCCGACCGCCUGUUUGGCGCCACCGUUGCGCUGUACAAGCUGCCCCUGGAUGAUGCGGCAGCGCUCGAGUCGUUCACCUUUGCAGUGAAUCUUGCCGCCCGCACCCAGGCUCCACAGGUGUCCGAGGCCCGCUCGUUUCAGUUCGCACUGCUGAUCUGUGCCGAUACUAACAGCUUGGCGGCGAUGCUGCAUGAAGCUGUGGAACUCGACCCGAAGGCCAUUGUCGUGUCUGUCGAUGGGCGAAAUGCUUACGACACCAUGAGCCGCGUGACUGCUCACGGUGUCGCGCACAGUGACCCCUUCGCACCUGGACUCUAUGCGUUUGGCCAACACAACUCGCUGGCCGACCUGGGCAAGACGCGGGUCUUCAACGCUGCAGGCGGGGAUGCGCCACCCGGCGUCGACGUCAUGGGCACGGACGUCUGGCUCGGCAACGAGCCCCCGGAGCAGCGCAGCGUGGCUUCGUCGCUCUUGGCGCCUCAGUCUCUAGCCAGCGGAGCGGGCAUCACCCGCAGAAUGCUGACGUUACCCCGACUGGACGAGCAGACCGGAUGGGGGGUCCAGCGCUCCCGGAUGUGCCGGCCGCUGCAAAUGAACUCAGCCCGGGGAACCGAGGUUGGCAGCGACAUGCCGUGCUCGCACUCCACACUUCCUUUCAAGAACGCCGUGUUACUUCCGGCCUUGGUGCGCCCUCAGUCCGGUCCGCAGGCGACGGUGUCGAGGCCAGGUCGAGGCGAGCUGGAGCAAGGAGCUGGCCAGUGCCCUCUGCGCCGCAACAGCACUGAUGCUGCUUCAGCGAAACACAUAAGCCGCACGCAGAGCCGACAAACGCACGCCCCGCUCACGCUCGUGCCAGUCGAGGGAAAGUUGGAGGCCACUGGCUGCCGCUCACCGGAGCAUCCGGAGCGAGUGGCGCAAGUGGUGUCGACCAGAAGGGCAAACCAUGCAAUUUCAAGCGGGCGCGCAUUCGGCAAGGAAGUUCGCUGCGAAAGCGAGCAGCCCCAAAGAACGAGCCUCGCCGUUGCUCGUCGAUCCGUGGACAACGAAGUCGAGGCGGCGACGGUCAGGGGGCGAGCCAUCGACGUUUGCCGCGCUGUGGAGGACAGCGAGGCUGCAAAGGACCUGGCAGCUGCAAACGCGAGAAACCGAGACCAUCGCGGCGGGCGCGGGUCUGCGCGACAGCCACUGUUGCGGCACGACCCGACCCUCCGGGCCGGCCCCCUCGCGAGCGACCGGAACCCACGCCCUUUCAACGACGAAACAACACGAAACCACGCCGAGACAGCAGGCCCGUGA